CAGAUGAAACCAAAGUAGAACUGUUUGGUAGAAACACAACUCGUCGUGUUUGGCCUCUGAUGGACCAUCACAACACAACCUGCCAUCAUCCCAGCUUCUGCUAUGACAAGCUGACCAAAGAAUGCCACAGCUGUAAACAUAUGCAAAGAGGCUUCAGGAAAGUGACAACUACUAUAGUUGGAACAACCUCCAUUACAACCCAACCAGUGCAAUUUCAUACUGGAAACCAAAAUUGUUCAGCUUUAAUAUUUGGUUUCUAUGCUUUUUGGGGGCUAGUAAUCAUCAUGGCAAUGUUAUGGCUUGUAAUCCUGAAACAAAGAUGGAAGAGAAGGAGACAAACUGGAAAGGAGAAUUCCCAAGAAAAUGGCAAGUGCACUUGUUUUUUGGCCAAUGAAGCUCAAAGAAACCAUGACUGGGGACCAGGAAACAAUGAUCUUGGACCACUUCGAUGCCCACAUUUAAAUGGUGCUACUAUGAUCACCCAUGAUGAUGUCUUAAAGGAGAAUAUGCCCUGUGUUGCUUGCACAAGAAGUCAGGAGGUUGAAAUGAUUUCCUUGUGUCCCCCUGAUGAAAAAUGCAACUCCUCAUUUCCACUGCCAGCAACUGAACUUGGAGCAACUGUGCUGGUGACUACAAAGACAAUUCAAGAAAACAUCCUCAGUAAGGAGCUACCAUAAUAAUUCCUUUAAAAGGGCUUAGACUAGCAAAUGCAAUCUCUCAAACUUUGUAUGACUCAUUAUUGGAGGCAGGUCAUUUCACCUUGGUGUAGUUGUUUUUUUGUAACUAUAGUUUGGAAAAUAACAAGCUUUAUUUUUAAUGAAGUCAUCUUUUCAGCUUCCAAAAUGCCCAGCUAUAACUAUGGUGAAAUGAGAGGACAUAGCACACCCAACCCAUCAAGAUCAGAAAAUCUUAGAAAAAAAUCAUAUUCAAGGGAGUAAAAUAAUCUUGCCUUAAUUUCUGCAUCCUGAAACUCACCCAGUAAGAUUUUUGUAAGUUACUAUAUGUGUUAUAGUUAAGAACAAAACUUAUACAUGAAAUAAGAAAAUAGAGUAAGGGUGUAAGGGAAACAAUUUUAAUUACAAAGAGACACAAUUAAGCUAUUGCACUUUUUUAGAUGUAAAGUAACAAUGUUGAGAGCCAGUUUGGUGUAGUAAAGGGAUCAGUCUAGAAACAGAGACUAUGAGUUCUACCCCUGCCUUUGGCACAAAGUCAGCUAGGCGACCUUAGGUCAGUCACUCACUCUCAUCCCUAGGAAGAAGGCAAUGGCAAACCACUUCUGAAAAAUUCUACCAAGAAAAUUGCAGAGAUUAAUCUAGGCAGUCACCAAGAGUCAAAACUGACUCAAAGGGACAAAACAAACAAACAAUGUUAAUGACAAGUGAUAAGUAAACAUGUUCUUAAGCACUGGAUAAAAUGGUCAGGGUAAACUUUUUAAACUCCUUUCUAAACCAUUAUAUUUCAUUGCAAUUAUGUUUUUAAACUAUUCUAAGAUUGUUCUCAUGCUGUAAUAAAUUAAAUAGUAAUGUAAUGUUAACCAAUAGAUCAGUGGUUCUCAACUUGUGGGUCGGGACCCCAUUUGGGGUCGAAUGACCAUUUCACGGGGGUCGCCAAACAAGGCUGUCCGCCAUUUUUCCCCCUUUUCUUUGGCCAUGCCCCUGGCACC